AUGAGGUCAUUCAGAGCACAAGAUCCUGAGAUUGUGGAUGAAAUCUGGCCUGAAGUGAAACCUAUUGGACGAACUGGUAGAUUGAACUGUACUGUAGCUAACAAAGAACCUCAUGUUGUACAAUGGACACUUCUUGGUCAGGAGGUUGAAGUCAUCAGUCAAGAUGAAUCUAUUUAUAUCAUGAAUCCUAUUAUGGGUGGGUUACGUAAAUAUGAAGUUCAAGUCAGGCAAGCUGAGAAUCGUAUGACCUAUAUGUUGAUUAUUCGACGAUUAAGAGAACAGAAUGCUGGAACCUAUGAAUGUUCAGUUCUUAUAACUGGUGCUGAUAAUACUAAAUGGCCUAAAAAGUUAGGUCUGCUGACAGUACAAGUUUCUCCCACAAUUCGUCCUGGUGAUACUGAUACUAUUGUUCAAGCUGAUCCUGGAUCAAAUACUACCCUUACAUGUGCAGCUACUGGUAUUCCAGCACCAAAUAUCACAUGGACUAGAUCUGAUGGUGGACAACUUCCUGAUGGAUCAGCUCAAAGAAGGGGUGCUGUUCUUCCUCUGAUCAAUGUAACACCCAAGAUGUCUGGUUUAUACCGCUGUGUUGCUGAUAAUAACAUCAAACCUCCAGCUGAUCAUUUGGCUGAAGUGUUGAUUUUCAAUUCACCCAGAUCUAGAGUUGUACAGAACUCAGUUGGUCAAGCUCUGGGUGGAAGAUAUAAUGCUAAACUGGAGUGUAUUGUUGCAGGAUAUCCAGAACCAUCUGUAACCUUUGCCCGUUUGGUUGGUGGUGCUGUGGUUCAGAUUAAUGAUAAUGAUGAUUUUGUGAUCAAUAAACAAACCACUGAUAACCAAAAUUUAUAUGCACAAGAACAAUGGUAUACUUUACAAAUUAAGAAUGUCAAAGCUGGUCAUUUUACUGAUUAUUAUUGUAUAGCUAAAAACCCUUAUGGUGAAUACACCUCUACUAUAUCUUUAUUUGAAACAACUGAGUGUCAAGGACCAAAUUGUCCAUCCUUCCCUUCUGGUGGAGCAGAUUUCAUCAAGAUUUCUACAUUUGCCAUUUUACUUCCCAUAGUAUCUUCAUUUUUAUUCUUACAUAAUUGAUCAGUUACAGACAGUGUAGAUUUAAUGGUGCAAGUUUAUAAAUAUUUUGAAGGGGGGGGGGAUCGUAUUAAUUUUAAUUAUAGAAUCUAUGAAUUAUUUUAAUUAUAAUUACUGAAUUUGGAGAUGCACAUAGCUCUGGAGGAUGUGCAAAUUUAAGUCAAAGCAUCUGUAAACUGAAUGUUUUUUAUAGCUACUUAAUUCUGUGGAAGAAUUUUUAUUGAAAUUAAAGGUUGUUUUUUUAGUAGUCAAUAUGAUUAUUCUAAAAUUAUCUUGAUUUUGAUUAUCAAAUUUGUUAAUUAAAACGCAAAAUUUAAAGAAAGGAAUAGUAUAUUCAUACUAGCGCUUUUAAGCAAAUAGAUGGAUUAAAAGUUUAUUCCAAAUCUAUGUUUAAGGAAAAAUAAAAUUUCAUGUUCUAUUUUCUUAGUUCUAAUAUAUUAUUAUUAUAGUGCUUUACAUAGAUCCAAAACAAAUUCAGUCUUAUCAAUUUCAUAAUUCACAUAAAAAAAUACUUCUUUUGUUGUUAAUGUUUCUUUCUUUACUGUUACUAACAGUUUAUAUUAAAUUAUGAAUAUUUUAAAAAAUCAUCUUGUAACAAUAAUACCUAUUUUUAUAUAUAAAUAUAAGAAAUGGCUAAGCCUUCUCAGUGAAUCCAUUUGGAAAUGAAAUUUCCUUUUUGGUUGUUAUUCAAGCAAAAAGCUAAGCAUUUGAACAAGGUCGUAAAAGCUGUUUUUCACUUUGAAAUUAUUGAAAUACAACUGCAUGUAUAUAAAUUGAAUAAUGUUUAGCAUAUCUGUAAUUUUCAUGAAAAAUAAAACAUUCCAAUCUUUUCAUAAUAAUUGUAUAUAUUACGUAGAUGUAGAUUUUUUGUAUACUGUCAUAUCAUGUUUUUUUUUAAUUUCAUACAUUUUGAAAAGGAAUGGGUACAUGUGUGCUAAACAUAAGCAUGAGUGUUAAAAAUGAACUUGCAUGGAAAGAAUGGCCAAGUUGCUCUUUGUAAUUUUGACAUGGACAUUCCUUUAAAUAUGCACUAUCAACUACCACAAUUUGUUAAUGCCUUGUAAAAAUUUUAUUCAUAUCAUUUUUAUAUAAACAUAUUUUCUUUA